AUGGCCACCGAAAGGAAGAUCCGCGAUGAUCCAUCAAUUCUGAUGAAGCUGGUGAAACCCGGCGAGAUCGUACUUCCAGAAGAAGGGAGCGAGAAUAUAUUGAUUACCUCCGCUCUGCCUUACUGUAAUAACGUCCCUCACCUUGGUAAUAUCAUUGGGAGCACACUCAGCGCCGAUGUGUUCGCGAGAUACAACCGAGCUAGGAAUAGAAAAACCCUCUAUAUUUGUGGGACAGACGAAUAUGGUACUGCUACAGAGACUCAGGCGUUAAAGGAGAAGAUUACGCCCAGGGAGCUCUGCGACAAAUACAGUGCGCUACAUAGAGAGACCUAUGACUGGUUAACGUUGUUAUCUCGCCCCAAUAGCUUUGACCAUUUUGGCCGUACGUCUAUUCCUGAACAAACUGAAGUAUGUCAAGAAGCAUAUAUAAACCUCUCUAAUAAUGGGAUGUUGCAAAUGCAAACCAAGGCCCAGACAUAUUGCGAAGGCUGCGCCAAGUUCCUAGCGGAUCGAUUCGUCGAAGGCACUUGUCCUCACUGUGGAUACGAUGAUGCCCGAGGCGAUCAAUGCGAUGGAUGCGCUAAAACGCUUGACCCUGUUGAGCUCAUCAAUCCGCGAUGCCUUGUUAAUCGCUCUCACAAAAUCACUACCCGUGACACGGCCCAUAUGUACGUUCGCCUCGAUCUCGUACAACCGCGUCUCGAGGAAUGGAUCAAGCACUCUUGGAAAAUCGGCAAAUGGAGUCCAAAUUCGGUUAUUAAUAGCGAGGGCGAGAUUAUAGAUUCUCGUGUCAAGGGAGGAUUGCGUCCCAGUCCUAUCACACGAGAUUUGACUUGGGGUGUACCUGUACCCAAGACAAAUGAUGUGAACAGUGCAUUGAUGGAAGGAAAGGUGCUAUAUGUUUGGUUUGAUGCCCCCUUCGGAUACCCGAGUAUAACUGCAGCAUAUACCAAGGAGUGGAAAAAGUGGUGGUUUAACCAGGAGAAUGUCCGAUUGUUUCAGUUUAUGGGCAAAGACAACGUCUAUUUCCACACUGUACUAUGGCCGGGUAUUCUUCUCGCAGACGGUCGACCAUGGACUAAACUGCACCAUCUUUCCACAACGGAAUACUUGAAUUACGAAUCUGGCAAAUUCUCUAAAUCUCGAGGUGUCGGUGUAUUCGGCCCAGGGGCCAAAGAGACCGGUAUUCCUCCUGCCGUUUGGAGAUACUAUCUUCUUGCAUCCAGACCAGAGACUUCGGAUUCCAUGUUCUCCUGGGCUGAUUUUAUCGCUGGAAACAACAAUGUUCUCUUGAAGAACCUCGGAAACUUUGUCAACCGAGUAAUCAAGUUCCUGACCGACCAGUUUAAGGGAAUUAUCCCAGAGUCAGGCGAUGCUCCAGGACCACUACCACUCAACGAAGACGAAGCGGACCCAACCUUUGUAUCAGAAGUCAACGAACUGCUUAGCGAAUACAUAGAAUCCAUGGACCGAGUCAAGCUACGGCACAGUUUGAACCUCGUCAUGACCAUCUCUGCGCGCGGCAACGCUUAUCUCCAACGAUGCAAUCUCACCAAGGUCCUUCUCGAGAAAGAGCCUAAACGUUGCGCACAAGUUCUCUCAAGAGCUCUUAACCUCAUCUACGCACUCUCUGCUCUCAUCCACCCCUUCAUGCCUUCGACUUCGGACGGUAUCCUUCGGCAAUUAAAUGCGCCUCCGCGGGUUAUUCCGAGCGUUCUAUCCACUGAUAUUCUCCCCAACCACAAACUUGGCACCCCCGAACUCCUGUUUAGCCCAAUUAAGGCCGAAAAAGCAGACGAGUGGAGGAAUAAGUUUGGAGGAACACAGAAAGCGGUGGACGCUGCCGUCGCAGAGAACCAGCCCCCGUUGUCGAAGAAGAAACAAGCUGCGGCUGCGAAGGCUGCAAAAGCCGCCAAAGCCAACGCGCCCCCUGUCCCCAAAACACCGCUAAUCGUAGAUCUAGAAGUCAAGGUCAAGACACAGGGAGAACGAGUUAGGGCUAUCAAGGAGGGGAAACCACAGGAGGGCGAAACACUGGAGACGGCGUUGGCUGAGCUAAUGGCGCUCAAAGCGAGUUUGAAGGAUGCCGAGGAGCAAGCAAUCAAAGAGCAGCUCGAGGAGCUGGAGCCCAAUCUGCAGUGCAAGCAUAGAUUCGCAUUUCAUGAAGUAGUUAAUCGAUUGAAUGGUAGAUGUGAUGUAUUGAAGCAAAUGUAA